AUGACAGGCGACAUUCGCUCUAAAGCGCUGCAGAAGAUAGCUUCGCUAUCCGCAAGUAGCUCCACGACAUCAUUCGACCGAUCCGACCUCGACCGACUGUGCAGGGCGUGCCACGCCGGCGCGAAGAGCAAGGACUACGUCAAUGGCUAUCAGAACAAGAACUCUUUGGGCCGAGUGCCUAUGUCCAUUCGCGAAUUCGAGGUCUUGAUAGCAUUGUGUAAAACGGCCCCAAAAAUAAAGUCAAACCAGAGCGCCCAGAGGCUUUCGUACCAGCUUUUCCCGUAUAUUCUCGAAGCACAUAUACAAAUCUUUGUUCCGUCGCCCUUCUUCCGCAAGAUCGAUCCGUCUCCUUCCGAAUCCUUGGCCUUUCAUGUGACAGGGGCUCUGCUGUCUCUUGGCAUCAACUACGACGAGCUUCAGGAGAAUGUUACUGAUAAGAUCUGGGCCUUUGUGAACUCUUGUAGAAGAGCUACCGAGAGUAUCGUCUCUCCUCAGGCGGGAGACCCCGAGAAUCCGCACUUGGAGGACGCGGUUCGAACUGUGACAAUUGCCGUGGCCCUUCUUGGAUUCCUCGAUGCUGCCGCUGCUCAGGCCGAUUUCUGGAGAGCCGGUGGUCGAUUGGCUCUGAUCAAGAAGAUCAGGGAGCUACUUUCCGAGCCGUUUCUCAUCGCGGUUGAAACAGCACUAUCCACUAUCCGCAACUGUCAUAGCCAGGACCGCGAGAUUAAAGAGUGGAAGAGAUAUUUGCGCCACUAUGCUUCGUCUGGACGACCUCUUGGAGCUAUGCUUCUGCACCGAAGCUUUGCCUGUCUCAUCGUGGCCAGCACUUCGUUGAUGGUGAAGGACCCUCGCUCUCUGAGACAGUCGCAUGUGCUGGAUAUCUAUAUCGCCCAAGGCGAGGAUUUGCGCAACAUCGCUUCCUCUGCGCACGAGGGUGAUUUUAAGACCGUCGAGGACUACGCAACAUUGGCUAUUGAAGAGAUCCAGUAUAUUGAAGGUGGCGCCGACUUCAUUCGCAUGGGAUCGCCUGACCAGCAGAGUCUCGCAUAUGCUGUAAAGGCCGCGGCUCUUAUCUCCUACUUGAACUGUGCCUUGCUCAACGAAGAUGCUGCUGAUGCGGAAGUUCUCAUGAACUGGCUUCAGGAAACCCUGGAUGACUCUGCUCAGAUGGCCGACCCAACCCUUGCUUCGGUUACGUUGAAAUGCUUGGCUCUCAUCUGCCAGAUCUCGCCCUCUUUCUCUUCCAAUGUCAGCCGUAUUCUGCCUCGAUUCAUCGUGCAAGAUGCCCCCCAGAAAGAUAUCGUCACCAUCGCCUCCAACAGUCUGGCUUAUGCCCUCAAGAUGCUCUCUAAGGAUGCCGUCAUCGGCACACUCUACACCCUGGGUAACGUUCUUAGCCCUGGAUCGGAUCAGGCGUUUGGAAAUGGUCAGAUUGAUGGGUCAGUAAGCGAUACAGCACUCAAUCCAAUCUAUCCCAACCGUCGGUCUAUAGGGAGCUCCAUAUCUCUCCAGAUGUAUGGAGAGGAAGAGACCGCCAUCGUCUCUGGCAAUGUUGUGCAAACAAUUUGUGGAAUUGCUGCCGUUUUCAAGGAUGAGAAGAUCACUGCACUGGCCCAGUCCAUGCUCCAACAGAAGCUUGAAAAGGUUAACACGGGGGUAGAUGCUCGAAUCAUCAGCGGAGCGGCAGCUCUGGCUCUUGAGGGCGGUCAGCUGGAGUUCCGCUCUUUACUCAAGUUAUUUAGCAAACUGUGCCACACUGGAGUCAUUGAGAACCAGCUAUUUUUGCUUGACGCCGUGAGAAACGCCCGUACCUUCAUAUCUGCCAACCUUCGACGUGACUCGCAGUUGUUCGAUAUCUACUUUGAGCACCUGCUUGACAACAUCAUUGGGCUUGGUGAUGUUCACUCUUCUGGUCAUACCAAGGAAUCAGAUGUGCAAAUGGCUGCCAAUGAGAUUGCCGAGCUUCUGCAUCCAUUGGCGGUCUUCAUGUCCAGCAACGAUUUUGCUUCUGAGCCCAUUACCGACGACGAGACAUAUUCUCUUCUCAGGGAUGCUUGGUUCAAUAUCGUGGUGCAUGGCUUCACCACCAACACGGAUCGUGGCAAGCAGUAUAUGAGAGAGUUGCGCAUGAUUGCUAUACACUCUCCACCCCUGGUGGCUGAGCAGCGAGGAGAGCAGAUUGAGAGUGACAUUGAACUCAAUACCGUUCUGCAACGAGGUAUGAGCGGCGACAGAGAAUCUUUGCAGAAGAAGCUCCUGAGUGAUCUUGUGCCGACAAAGGCAAAUGACAUUAGGAGCCUUAGCUACCGCAAGGUAAUCUUCCUCCAAUCUGCUUACCUUAUGGAAAUCCUUCGAGCCGACUCAGGUGAUUGCACCAAGGUCUUAUCCUACUUCUUGGAGCCAAGCAUGUCUAAGAGUGAGGUCAGCAGCGCCAUGGAGGGUGUUGCCGCUGCCGUUAUGGACAAGUAUAUUCACAAGACGCAAAGUGGCACAGAGCCAACCUUUUCAGCCCAUUACGCCGCUGAACAGCUCGCUACUAUCUUCUGCGGUUGCUGUCAUCGUAUCGAGCGAGUCCAGCAGGCUGCAUUCGUUUGCGCAGACCGCAUGCUUCGCGAGAUCCCCUCGGUCAUCUCUUACCGAUCAUCGCUCUUUGCGUUGAUAGAGCUGCUCUCUUUGAUGUGGUCCAGCUGCUUGGAAGCAGAGACAGAUGUCUACGCUCCUCGGUCUACUUUCACAUCCGAACUUGGCGGAGUGACUGUGCAACUUUCAGACGACUACGACUUCCGACGAUGGACCAUGGAUAUCCUCAACCGCAAGGCCAGAGUAUGGGUCAACGCUGCCAUCAAUGUCUCCCCUCUGGACGUGAAGGGUAUCUUGCAGACUUAUCUUUCUGAGUUUAGUGAUGAGGGAGCCUAUGGCCAUGUUUCUCUGGGAAGAUCGUUCGCUCUCGAGAUGGGAUCGAUUAUUCCCUCAACAGAUAACCGCCUUCAAUCCAUGGACAAGAUUGGUAACUCGAGCGUCAACACGGCAUCUGCUUUUGUCGCGCAGUACACAACUCGCCAAGAGUAUCGCUAUGGCGAGACGCUCCCGGACCGUGGCACAGAAAUUAUGAGUUUUAUGAACCAUAACCGACGUAUGUCAUUCGUGCAGUCCUCCAUAAAAGAGAGCGCCAACGCCACUACUGCACUAGCUCAUAUUGAGGCUCGAAUUCUCAGCAAGAAGAGCACCUCCAUCACUGAGGUUCGAGACAUUCUACGCAGGGCAGCUGCCCUUCUUUGUCGCACAAACAAAGAUGAAGCUGCUGUUGCCCAUCAUCUCGUGAGCAUCCCGUUCGCUCUUUUUACUAAGCAGUCAAUCAAUCUUGGUGUUUCUCUGUGGCUUGGUGUGAUAAAUGAGAACCCAAGGCAGGAGUCGAGGCUGUUGAACGAAAUUGCUCAGCAAUGGGAGUUUACUCUUACCCGAAAAGUUGGCCUUUUCAGCCCAACCUUGAAUCAUAUUGACCCAUUCUUCUUGAAGGAGGAGUUCGCACCCAGCGAGCUGGAAGCUUUGGCUAAGAAAAAGCAACUGGUGCAUGACAUUCUUGCUCCCCAUACCCGGCUGCUCCAGUUCUUUGCCAGUCACUAUAACGCUACCAGACUCGGCAGCCCUGAUAUCCAGAAGGUGUUCCUCCGCAUGCUCGACCUUACCCUCGAGGCGAUGAAGCAAUGUGCAACUCACCCUAUGGCUAGAGAGAUCCGAUUCCAGAUUAUUAUGUUCGGUCUCCGUGUCUUGCGUUCCAGUACCACCUUGAAACCUGCAGCACAGUGGAGGCUCAAGGAGAGAAUUCUUGCAGCCGGCCUGUCUUGGUUCAAGUCAUGCCCCAAAUGGUCAUUCGGAAGCAAUCUUUUACAGAUGAAGACCGAGAUUCGUCUCAUCUCUGACGUUCUGGCAGCCCUGCAGCAGGUCUCUUUCAUCGGCGCCCAGACUGUUGGCAACGUAAAGUCCCUGCAGUCAAAGGAGCAGCUGCUUGACCUUCUACUUAGACACGAGCAAUGCCGUCUGGUUGUCUGGGUCAACCCACUCAAUAACGCCAACAACCAAGCUCUGGCUCAGUUGGUUGGUAAAGCACCAACUGAAGCUGCCCUUCUACCGCUUAUACGCACAGCUUGGUGGCAGGAUCCUGCUAUUGCGAUUGAGCUAGCAACACGAUUCCCCUUUCCUCGUCUGCAGCGCGAUAUCAGGUUCCUGCUCCUUACCAUGCCUGAAAAGGCCAUUUUCGAGCCUGAAGCUCUGCACAUGAUCUUUGGAGGGUCUCUUCCCGAUGAUGUUGGCGCACAACAGCUCAAGUAUUUGCUAUACUGGGAGCCUGUGAACCCCGUGACAGCGGUUACCAUGUUCCUUCCAGCAUACCAGGAUCAUCCCUUCGUAAUCCAGUACGCCAUGCGUGCGCUGGAGAGUCACUCCGUCGAUGUGACCUUUUUCUAUGUUCCCCAAAUCGUCCAGUCCCUCCGCUACGAUAGCCUUGGAUAUGUGAAGCGGUAUAUCCUGGAAACUGCUCAGUUCUCUCAGCUGUUUGCUCAUCAGAUUAUCUGGAACAUGAAGGCCAACUCGUACAAGGACGAUGAUGCUCAAGUUCCUGAUGAAAUUAAGCCAACCCUUGAUACCGUUAUGGCUCAGAUGAUUGACGAGUUUGCGACUGAGGAUCGUGUCUUCUUCGAGAGAGAAUUUGCCUUCUUCGAUGAGGUGACUGACAUCUCUGGCAAGCUUAAACCAUACAUCAAGUUGUCAAAGCCGGAGAAGACGCAGAAGAUCGAGGAAGAGUUGCGCAAGAUCAAGGUUGAGGUCGGCGUCUACCUGCCUAGUAACCCCGAUGGUGUUGUCAUUGGUAUUGAUCGCAAGUCCGGUAAGGCUCUGCAGAGUCACGCUAAAGCGCCAUACAUGGCCACGUUCCGUAUCCAAAAGAACAAGGGCGGAGUCUCUGAAGUUGAUGAGAUGAUGGAGGAGAAUGACGGAGAGGGCCACGGAACCCCUGAGAGGACUGUUGAGGUCUGGCAGUCAGCUAUUUUCAAGGUCGGCGACGAUUGUCGACAGGAUGUCCUGGCGUUGCAGAUGAUUGCGGCGUUCCGAGGCAUCUUCCACGAUGUUGGCCUAGACGUCUAUGUCUUCCCUUACCGAGUCACAGCCACAGCUCCCGGGUGCGGUGUCAUUGAUGUGCUUCCCAACUCGAUCUCACGAGAUAUGCUUGGUCGUGAGGCUGUCAACGGCCUUUACGACUACUUCAUCUCCAAGUACGGCAACGAGAACUCGCUCCGAUUCCAGCGCGCCCGCAGCAACUUUGUCAAGUCAAUGGCUGCUUACUCGGUCAUUUCUUACCUGCUGCAGUUCAAGGAUCGACACAACGGUAACAUCAUGAUCGACGACGCCGGCCACAUCCUGCACAUUGAUUUCGGUUUCUGCUUCGACAUCGCCCCUGGAGGUGUCAAGUUUGAGCGCGCCCCUUUCAAGCUCACAACUGAGAUGGUGGCUGUCAUGGGCGGCUCGAUGGAGCACCAAAGCUUCAAAGCAUUUGAAGAGCUUUGCAUCAAGGCAUUUCUUGCCAGUCGCCAGUACUGCGAGAAGCUGAGCCAGAUCGUCCUGCUCAUGAUGGACAGCGGCCUCGACUGUUUUAAGCCUGAGAGUGUCAAGCACUUCCGUGAGCGUUUUGUCCUGGACAAGAGCGAGCGCGAAGCGGCCAACUUUAUGAAACAUCUCAUCAAGACCAGCUACUCGAGCUACAGUACUAGUGUAUAUGACCACUUCCAGCUUUUGACCAACGGUAUUCCCUAUUAA